AUGGCUGGAAGACGCAAAGUAAAGAGAGUGAAGAAUGCAUCUGAAUCACAAGAUGCCAAAUACCCCUCACAAAGGUUAAAGGUACCUAAGCCCCCUGUCCCAAAAGGGAAGAUUGGAAGACCUAGGAAAGAUGGGGGAGGCCAACCUAUCUUUGACCAAUUCCCUCCAGUUAGGCCUGCUAUACCAAGAAGGGAUGCUGCUCCUCCCCAAGUUUCAGAAUCUGGUGAUCAAGAUGGUGGCCCUGCUAUACCAAGAAGGGAUGCUGCUCCUCCCCCAAUUUCAGAAUCUGGUAAUCAAGUAGGUGGUCCUGCUGUUAGUCCUAUGGUAAUGAGAGGAAGGAAAACUAAAGUGUCUAGAUCAAGGAACAAAACACCAAAGAAAACACCUAAUGGUAAGAAACAUAAGAGUAAAGCAAAGGAGGAUGUAUCCCUAACCUGUGAUGAGGAUUUUAAUGAUCUUUUUACCCAUACACCUAAUGUGGCUACUAUGAAAGAGGUUUAUGGAGAAGUUGAGGAAAAAGAGAUUGAAGAAAGAGAGGUUGAGGAAGAAGAAGUUGAAGAGAGAGAGGUUGAGGAACAAGAGAUUGAAGGCGGAGAGGUUGAGGAAGAAGAAGUUGAAGAGAGAGAGGUUGAGGAACAAGAGAUUGAAGAAAGAGAGGUUGAGGCAGAAGAAGUUGAAGAGAGAGAGGUUGAAGAAGAAGAAGUUGAAGGCAAAGAGGUUGAGGUAGAAGAAGUUGAAGGCAGAGUGGUUGAGGAAGAAGGAGUGUAA